GCGGGUGCCAAUUAUUUGUUCCUGUUUGACCAUGAGAUCAUGAAGCACAAGCGCUUUCUAAAGAACCAGGUGCGUCUAGAGAUCACCGCAGCACUCUUGCACAUGCCCCUGAUUGCCGUCCUGACCACUCCCAUCUUCUGGGCCGAGGUGUGUAUCUACGCCUAUCGUCGGAGUUUACACACCCAGCGAAUACCAGCAUGCAUGGAUUAUGUGAAAGCUGACCUCCUGUGA